AUGGCAGACCAGCUAGCUGCUCCUCAACUCAAGAUCUACAACGAGAACUCCCAAAUCAAGACUCCCAAUAUCGACAAGCUGGCCGAGCGCUCAGUCGUCUUCGACUCUGCAUACUGCAAUUCGCCACUCUGCGCUCCUUCCCGCAUGGCCAUGAUCACUGGUCAGCUGCCUUCAAAGAUUGGUGCUUACGACAACGCCUCCCCCAUUCCAGAGGACACUCCGACAUAUGCCCACUUUUUGCGCGCUGAGGGCUACGAAUGCGUCCUGGGUGGCAAGAUGCACUUCAUCGGGGACCAGCUCCACGGCUACGAAUAUCGCCUGACAGCUGAUAUCUACCCGGCAGACCUUGGCUGGUCCGUCAACUGGGACGAGCCCGGGACACGUUUGGAGUGGUAUCACAACAGCUCCUCCAUCCUCCAGGCUGGGCCAUGUGUUCGAAGCAACCAACUGGAUUACGACGAGGAGGUCAUGUACAAGGCCAAGCAGUUCUUGUACGACCAUGUUCGCAAGCCACCGGGCAGCAGACCCUUCUGCUUGACUGUCUCUCUCACUCAUCCUCAUGAUCCCUACACAAUCGAGCACAAGUACUGGGACAUGUAUGAGGACGUUGAGAUCGAUAUGCCAAAGGUCCAGUUGCCCAGGGAUCAACUCGAUCCCCAUAGCAAGCGUCUUCAACACGUUUGCGAUCUCGAAGAUUAUGACUUCACGCCAGAGCAGAUCAAGAAAGCCAAGCGGGCAUAUUAUGGAGCUGUCAGCUAUGUCGACGACAAUAUCGGAAAGCUCAUGGAGACCCUAAAGCAAUGCGGCCUUGAUGAAAAUACGAUCGUCAUCUUCUCAGGCGACCAUGGCGACAUGCUCGGCGAACGUGGGCUCUGGUACAAAAUGUCGUAUUUCGAGUCCUCGGUUCGAGUGCCCAUGCUUUUCAGCUACCCAAAGAUGUGGGCUCCACACCGCGUGCCACAGAGCGUGAGCACUUUGGACAUUCUUCCGACACUCGUCGACAUCGUUGGCUCGAAGCUUGUGCCCGGUCUCCCCAUUGAUGGCGUUUCGAUUGUGCCGCAUUUGCUGGGCAGAUCGCAGCAUGACAAUGUCUUCGCAGAGUAUAUGGGAGAAGGCACAAUCGCACCGAUGAUGAUGAUUCGUCGCGGUCCAUGGAAGUACAUCGUCUGCCCUGCAGAUCCGGACCAGUUGUACAACCUUGCAAAUGACCCAGACGAGCUCACGAACCUCGCCACCUCCGACGAUGCAGAGACCAAGAAGAUCUACGAAGCGUUCGUCGCCGAGGCAAAGGCGAAAUGGGAUAUGAAAGCCAUCACUGACGACGUUGUGAAGCGACAACGCCAGCGGCGCUUCUGCUUCUCAGCUCUUAAGCAAGGCAAAUGGACCAGCUGGGAUUAUUUCGUUCCAGAUGACAGCCGAGACAAGUACAUUCGCAGCCACAUGGAUCUCGACGAUCUGGAGCUUCGAGCGCGAUAUCCUAUUGUGGAUGCCUAUGGCAAUAUCAAGACUGGUUUCGAGCAAGUGCCGCAGACCCUUCUUCUCUCGUGGACACCAUAG